AUGGUGUACGCUGCUCUCGCCAGAAAUCCUCCCGACAUUUACGUCAGGUUUAUAAAAUGGAUCACGAACCAGCGCUUUGAAGUGACCGGGUUAUUGAACGAGAGUUUGAUCAUCCACGCCGCGCAUUACGGAUUGUAUUACGACCACUUUUACCUGGUGAGGUCCAUGCUUUCGAGGGGCAUCAGGCCUCCAGCUGUCACGUUCUCCGACACGCUUGCCCUUUUCAAGGUGGUCAAGGGCUUGUCGGCUUUUGUGGCCAAACACGUCCCCUGGACGAAUCACGAGCCAUAUGAUGCGGCCAGUGACGCAGGCGCACUGAAGGCGGUUGUCAAGUUCGCGUUCCAAGACGAAGCCGAGGCUUUGCUCACUUUCGAAACAUCGUGCGAGGACUAUAUGAAAAGAACCAGUAUUAACAUGUACAAGCCCCCGCCCAUGGUCCCAUACCCGAAGGAGGACUCCGCUGACGAUGUAAACAGCGUUUCCAGCGCCUUUAGCAGGGAGAAAGAGGAAGUCGCCGAGUCUGUCGACAGCCACCUAUGA